CUUGCCGCCGGUACCGCCCCGCAGCCCCGCCCCGCGGCGGCCGGGCGGUGAGAGCGUGUGGCGGCGGCGCCGCGCUCGGCCUGAUUUACGGCUGUGCUGCAAACGGCUCCCCCGCCGCACCGCCACCGGGCACCGCCACCAGCAACAAGUCGGGGCCCGGCGAGGAAUGCACGGGGCGGCCCGGGAGGAAGGCAGGCAGCCCUGGCAGGAGCCGCUCGGCAGCGUCAGCCUCUGCCUCCCCUUCCGCUGCCCGCGAUGCGGCGACCACAGCCGGUUCCGCAGCCUGGCGUCCCUGCGGGCGCACCUGGAGUACAGCCACAGCUACGAGGAGAGGAGCCUGCUGGGCAGGAGCAGCCUUUUCUCCCCGCUGAAAGACGCAGAGCUCAUCUCCCCGCCGGAGCCCGCCGGCCAGGGCAGCCCGGGGAGCCCCGGCGGUGCCGCGCAGCAAAAAGGCUCCUACCUGAAUUUCUGCGAUGCCUCCUGCGAGAAGCGCGGGCAGGCUCUGGAGGUGGAAGCCGAGCGGCCUGUCUCCUACGUUGCAAACUAUGUGUCGGCCGAGUCCCCCAGCGAGCAGGUCUCCAAACCCGGCCUCCCGGGCACUGACUCCAAAGCCUCUUUUGAGGCACACGUCAGGGAAAAGUUUAACAGGAUGGUGGAGGCCGUGGACAAAACAAUCGAGAAGCGAAUCGACAAGCUUACCAAAGAGCUGGCCCAGAAGACGGCGGAGCUGCUGGAGGUGCGGGCGGCUUUCGUGCAGCUGUCCCAGAAGAAGCAGGAGGUGCAGCGGCGGGAGCGGGCCCUGAGCAGGCAGGUGGACGUGGCGGUGGAGAUGAUCGCCGCCUUGAAGCAGCGGCUCAGCGAGUCCGAGGAGGAGCUUCACCGCAAAGAGGAAGAAGUUGUGACUUUCAACCACUUCCUGGAAGAAGCGGCGGAAAAAGAAGUGCGGGGAAAAGCCAGGCUCCAGCACUUCAUCGAGAACCUGCUGCAGCGUGUGGACCUGGCAGAAAGGCAGCUAGAAUAUUACCAAAAUCAGCAGAUGGUUUGCAACCACAUCGACGUCAGCGAGCACGUGUUUACAGACAUUUCAUUAAAUAAGAAACCCAGAUGCCUGAGCCGAGGAAGUCAACAUGCUUCAUAUAACAUCCCUGACACAAAGCCUCAUUCCUUUCAAAAAGGAAGAAUCUUGUUGAAAAAGGCAAAGGAUGAAAAAACCAGCUUGCAGCCAGUGAAAUGCUUCUAUGAACCUGUUGAUUGCCCAAGAGAAAUAUGGAGGGCACAAAAGAAAGGUGAACCGGUCUGCUCUGCCAGGAAAGUGAGCGCAAAGUCCAAGAUGGGUAAAAAGGCCAAACCGCUAUAGAAACGGCUGGAUAUGUACAGUAACACAGGAGCUUGGCUUCAACAGAAAUAAUAUUGAAUUAAAUUAAUCAUCCUACUUUUUCCUAUUCAUCUGGCCAUGCCAAAACAUAUCAGAUAUAAUAUAUAGAAAUAUAUACAGUAUAGAAGGUUUAUAUUAUUAAGUAAUGCCAUUUCCCUCUUUGGGCGCUUUAAGAGAAGCGACGUUCAGUUUACAUGGAGGUUCUUUUCUAUUUAUUUCUUUAUUUAUUUAAGCUUAUUUUAAAUGACUGCAGUUACCUUGCUGGGCAGUACUGUGUCUGUAUGUUUAAUUAUUUUAGUGGCAGCAUGUGGCCUGAUAAUUUAUCUUCCAUCUGUGCUGUUGCUGAACUCCAGAAGAAUCCAUUUAAUCGGCACCUAAAUACUCAAUCUUUCAGCUUAGGUAGAAAUAAGAUCAAUGAUAACUUAACUGCACAGACAUACUUGGAUGCAAAAGAUCUGCUUGAGUUACUUGAAGGCUGUUCACAGCAGUAGAUUGCUACUCUAGAUUUUCUGCCGUAAGCCCAGUUGGGCACAUUUCCAGAUUUUAUUACAUACAUUAAACUGCUCAAUCCUGCCAUGUUGUCUGCUGAGACAUCUUUGGCCUGCGCCGGUGUCUGAAGCGCAGCUUUCGAAUUCCAGAAGCUUUAUGGUUUGUCCACAAGCACCAGCCUGUGGUGUCACUUGGCGAGGAGCCCAGUGGCUGUGACCGCAGCCCUGAGCAGCACGGACCGCGUGGAGCAGAAGUUCAGCAGGAUGUUGUCACCAGCCGUGGUGCAGCAAGGGAGAGGCCAAAGCGACGUGUUCCAUCGCAUGGCACCACAUCUUUGCCCCUGCGUGGUUUUAGACAUUAGAGGCCGUGAACGGCUACGGUCGCAUCCAAAACCCUUCACAUUUUUAUCUCUGUUAAAUCUUUACGGGGCUUAGAGAUCCCUGAAUUUCAAGUAAAAAGCCAAGAGCAGAGAAAUUAGAGAAGACUGCAGGACUGGAAUGCGCAUGUUUACACUGGUUUGUGCCAAUUAAAAGGAUCCUUAUUUAUCAGAGUUAUUUAUUGAGAUGAUUUUUUUUUGUGUACAGUAUUUUGGUAACAUGAAUCCUCAUGCCAUGUUUACAGAUAUGAACAUCCUGGUGUUGUUCCUGAUGAGAUUUGUUUUCUCAAGAAAAAGGAUAGGUGAGACAAGUCUGUGUAAUUUAUUUUUUAAAUGCUCAUAACAGAUGUAAAUGGUUUUUGUGGAAGGUGAUUUUUACAGUAUGUGUACAAAGAUUUGUGAAAAAUGUUUUUCAUUUUUUAUAACUAUGACUGUAAGCAAAAAUGAGUAUUAACAGACAGUGUAUCGCUAUGAUUACUGCUGCAAUAAGCCCCUGAGUUCCAAUAUUUUAAAAGCAGAGGAUGACUGAUCCAUCAACUAGGAUCAGCUAACUACAGAUGUCAUACAUUUGUUAGAGUACAGAGCUCCCAGAAAGUAGCAGAUAGAAGAGAGUAUUGUUCCUCACUUUUAUUUUAAAUAGUGUAUAUGAAACAAUCAGAUAUAUGUUUAAAUUUUAUCAACACUGUUUCAGUAGAAAGUCACAGUGUAAAACCAAUUCAGGUAUUUAGAUUGUAAUGAUGUUUUAAUACUUCUUUAACCGCCUCAUGAGGCCCCACUUGGCCUUACGCUGGGCAUCGUGUGUGGUGAACAGGAGUUAUUAAUUGUGUUGCAUGGGUCCGGGUCAGAUCGUGUGUUACGACAACUUCCUUAGGCAAGCCACAAUACAGAAACAUCCUUUGGUUUCUUCUGUUGCUUCCCAUAUCCUUUUACAAACCCCAAAAAGUUACCCUUUUUGAAGAUAAUAAAAGUGAACUUUAGAAAUAUAAUAAAGUAAAAUAUAUUAAUUUGUUCCUGUAUCCACUUGACACUGAAAGAAUAUUUUUAUUUUUAAAUGCCUAUCUACUCUGUUAAUCACCAAAGUUAAGUGCAACUACUAGCUCACAAAUGAGAAGUUUAUUUUAUUAUCACACCAAAAUCUUGACUAUAAGUUGUUCUUUUGGGGGAGGAAAAGCGAGUAAAAGAAGUUGCAUGCACCUUGACUUUUCAAAUCCUAAAUUACAGUUGCUUCCUGAACAAAUGCCAGGUUAGUUAAUUAGAAAGAAAUUGGAUUGUACUGUAACCCCAAAUAAAAGUUUUUAGAAUAUAAGCAUUCUAAUAAUAAAGAUAUAUUUCUCA